GCUCACCUGGGUGGAGAAGGAGGUGAGACAGGAAGAUUCGCUGGAGGAUUUACCUGGCUGGAAAGCAGAAGCCAUGUGGGGUCCUGAAUUCUGGAGCCACGUCCAUGCGUGGGAGCGCCACAGAGGCGACAGACCCUGCUCCACCCCCCAGAAAAGGAGGGUCACCUCUCUGGCUGCGGAGGGCAUCCCUUGGAAGGGUGCCCUUCUUCUCCGGCCAGGCUUGCCUCCCGCCCCGUCUCGACCCCUGGCUUGCAGGAUCAGGGGCCUGAAGGAGAACCGUCCCUGCGAUAAGAAGCUGCAGGCGUUGAAAAAAACGAUCCUCGCCCAGCGACGCAGAUGCGUCCCCCACGGUCCAGAAAAGAGCCUCCCGCUUGAAGGGGAAACUCGGAGCACGAAACCUCUGAAGAGGAAGGUCUGCAAAGCUGCAGCCUUCUCAGCCCCAGCCUGCCCUGGUCGCAGCGAAAGAACGGGAAAGAAGCUCAGAGCCGGCCAGGACUCGGCACCCUCUUCCCGGAAGGCAGAGAAAGGCAGAGCUGUUACUUUAUUCGGGGUGUCUGCUUGGAGGGAAGGCCAGAAGCUGGCUAGAAACAUUCUCGGCCCACCACUGAAAUAUCCAAAUCUGAAAACUGAACUGAAAAGCAAAGGAAAGGGGCCUUUCCGAGGAUUUCAAGGGGAUCCCUUAACAGGAUCCCAGACAGAGCAAACCUUCGGAGAAAAUGCACAGGCUGUUCAGCCAGAGAGGAAGAAGAUAAGACAAGAGAGACACACUGCCGAACUAAACCGUAAGUGGCAGGACUGGGAAAACCCCGGCUGGGCACAGAAAUGGACCAGAAGGUGCCAGAAAGCUCCAGAGACAGAGAAGAAGAGCGAAAAUCAUCCGAGAGCUGCAGGAAGAGCGAGAACAGCAGGAUCUACAAGGGGUUCCUCUGAUGGGGUGAAGACCGCACAUUCUCCCAAGGUUCAAAGUGCAUUGGCUAAAAGGAUGAGCAUGGGAGAGACCUCCAGAUCUGGCCAGGGAAGACCGAAUGGGUCUUCUCUGAGAAGCCCAACUCCGAGGAAGGAACGCCAACCCACCACCCCGGGGGUGGAGGCCAGGAAGACGCCCUACAGUCCUGAACAGGUCCGUGAAUUUAUGGACCAGAAGGCCACUGAGAGAAAGAGGAGGAUCCAGGAAGAGAGGAGGACCUCAAAGCAGGCCCAGGAAGAGAGGAACAGGAAACUUCAAGAGGUCUACCGGAAGCAGAGAGAAGCAGCCAGCAGAAGAAGCCAUCGUGCAGAACAACCGAGAGAAGGCCUGACUUCCGUCACACGCUCCAAGAGGGAUCUUGGUUUGAAAUACCCAGGUGGGCAAUCUCCAGCAAGAGAUGGCAUGAAAGGUGUUUCUCGAGCAUCAUGGACUCUGCUAAGGAAGGAGUCAAAAUUCAGCAGUGAGUUAGAGCCGAGGAUGGACAAAACAGGACAGGGGACUCUGACCCUGGGAUUAUGUACCUCCAUAGAGCCUGAAGAUCAGCUGAGGACCCCUCUGAACCUCAAGCAGGUGGACAUCUGCUCCCCUCGGGCAAGCCAUCACUCACCGAGUCCUUUUCACCUCUGGAGAGAGAACAUUAUUGGCAUGGAGACGCCGUUCUCCUUGGACACCUCCACCUCCCCUUCUCACAGAAGCAAGCAAGACAGAGUGAGGGCCAUCCACAACUUAGCUAAAGAUCUCAGUGAGCGGUUGGGGAGAGAAAUGGAAAGGUUACAAGCCACCAAGGCCUCGAGGGACCAAGGAUGUCCACCUGGAACUCCGUCUAAGAGGUCUCAGAUGACUACUCCCCCUGCGGCUCCUCUCGAGAACGUGGAUGCUCCAGAAAAUGCAGAGUCUACCUGGGCUUCAAGACCUUCACUGAAUCCAUCAAUGUGUCCUCAAGAAAGGGCUUGUCUCAGGAGGGGGUUGGGCAUCCCAAUGGACAAGGAACGGCUCGUCCGACAUCUUCUUCCAAGGGAUGGGGCUGGCCUUGAGGUGAUGGACUCGGUUGAGAGAAGGCAAAGCAGGACUGAAGCAAAAGACCUGAAGGAAGGUCUUGCUUCAGAGAUGGGAUCUGGGGGAAAAGACCCUGCUAGGCCCCGAGCUGGCCUCUUCACUGAAAGGGGGUCGAUCCACACGCUGGUUGAAAUGCCAAAGGCUUCUUUGGAGAAGAACCGGCCAGAAGGAAGCAAUUGGCAGAAGAAACCUCCAGAAAACCAACCAGGAGCAGGUGGCCUUGUCUCCACAGCUCAGCACCAGCCAUCCGGUCUUCCUUUCCCACCAUUUAAUUUGGCCCCCGGAAAAGCCGGUGCUGCGGAAGAUCCGUCUGAGCCUGCGGGUUCAAACAGCCAGUGGAGUGAGAUUGGACACUUCUAUGGAGGGUCCAGUUCCUUCGGCCGGCUCAGCCUGACUCUGGUGGAGCAAUCUUUGAGGGAAGAGGAGCUGCGGGCCCGGCACCAGAGCGCCCUUCUCCGGCUGCGUGAGAAGGCCCUCCGGGAGAAAGCCCAGGCGGAGCUGGCUUGGCUGGAGCACGGGCAGUGCUCCCCACAGGGCUUGCAGGGAACAGGAGACCCAUCCUCCACAGCCGAGAAGCAGCUCUCCAUCCUAACCAGGUUGAAGCAAGAGCAGGCAGAAAUCAGGCAUCUGCAGAACAUCGGCCGAGCUGCCCAUCAGGAGCGUAAACUUCUCCUCCAACAGCAAAAGGAGCUCCUAGAAGUGCAGAAGACAACCACACAGCUGUGGUUACAGCUGGGUGGGCAGCAGCCACACCAGAUUUCUGAGACUCUCAACCCUCCAGGAGCUGGGAUGCUGGAGAGAGAAACGUUUGAGACCUCUUCCAGACCUGCUCCUCUUAUUGCAGCCUAUCCAGGGGAAACAGAAAGGAGAAGCAGCCACGAAGCGGAACAGCAACAGCUGGCUGAGUCGAAGAGCAUUUUGCUACCAGGGAAUCGGGAGGUGGACGGACAUGCAAAGAGGAAACCAGGAAAAGGAGAUCCAUCUUCUAAGGUCUUGGGAGCUACCAUCCAAGAUCUAUAUGAUCCUUCUGGUCAAAGAUCCCCGAAUCCAGACCUCGGUUAUGGAAGAACAGCAGAUCACUUGGCCAGACGAGGAGAAAACAGUUCUCCUGAUAACAGUUUGACCAAGAAUUCCCAAGAAGACUAUCCUGGAUCUCCAUUGGACAAAGGCCCAGGAAGUAUUGCUUCUGCAGGAACUUCUUCCAUACUUCCUGGUUUCUGCCCGUAUCCAGAAAAGUCACCAUCUGGUUUUGAAUUCCAUAAGGGCUAUGCAGUUCUAGUCCAUCUCUCUGGAAGCUCUCUUUCUGCUUCAGAUCUAGAAGACGAUGGCCAACAAGACACAGAUGUCAGCCUCCCUGAAGAAUUUGCCUUCCAGGAACCUCUGCCUGAUAACCUGGGUAUCUCUACGCAUCAUGAAGCUCCAGUGGUGCCAAGGAUAGUAAUAAAUACAGAAAGUACAUUAUCCUCCUCUGAGAAGAAACCUCAGGGCCAAAUUUCUGGUGGGGACCUUGAGUCAAAGGACUUGUGUGCUGUGUACAGUCAGGAAAAGAUCUGGGAAGACAUGGCUGGAACGGAAAGGUUGGCUGAAUCUGGUUCUGCUAUCUUAUCCAACAGUGGGAGGCUACAGGGGACCCGUACUGUGACAAAAAAGGACCACGUUCAUGCACCAACUUUGAGAAGUAGGGCAACUUCUUUGAAUGUUUCUGAAGAAUGUGCAGAAAAUGGUGGGAACAAGACGACUUCUCGAAGUCCAGCUGAGGUGAGGAUGGUCUCCUCCUCCACCAAUGAUCCUUUUCACAGUCCUGAGGGUAAAGGAGAGAAGGACCCUCUGCCUAAUGUGAUUAAGGUAAUUGGAGAAGAUGUUGAGGAUGAAAACACAUCUCACUGUGGUAACAAGGAUGCAACCGUGACAUUGGCACCAGAUGUCCCUCUGAACACUGGCACUCCUCAAGAUUCUGAGCAGCCAAUCCACAGCCCAAAGCAUUCGUUAUGCCACAGGUUUCCAAAUUCUUCUGAUCACCUGCUAGUUUCAGAGGACAAAACCGGCUGUGCCAACCGUUCAGCAGAAGAAUGUGUAUCCCACAAGCCAGACGAAAUCAGUCUCCAACUCAACAAAACGUCCCUGGGCAACAGGGACCCGGCUGAGGAAAAUCGAAAAGGUUCUUCAACCAAGAACCAAAAUACAAAUGAAGCUGGGAUGGUAGCAGUCCAUUUAAGGUCUCCCCAAGAGGGUCUCCCAAAAAACGAAGGGGACGCUGUGCAUUUAAGCAACAGGCUUCUUGCUGAACUGGAGGAUGAUGUGGUGUCUCCGGUUGAUGAAAUGUUGACUUAUGGAAGCAGCGAUCUCCCGUCUUCAACCGAAAAGGAGGUCUCAUCCUGGAGCACAGAUCUCCCAGCUCCACCCGAAAACCUAAGUGGAAAAGAUGAGGAGGCCACCUCCGGCCUUGAUUUCCCUUCUCCACCUGAUUCAGUGGCAUCUUCUGAAGCUGAAGAUCUUUCCCCACCUUGCCACCUCCCUGCAGAAGGUCUAGGCUCUUCUCCUCGUGCCUGAGACUUCUUUCCAUUCUCACAUUCGAAUCUCAGCGUAAAAAUGGAGAGGGAAAUUAUAGUUGCUUUAAAAACAAAUACAGGUGGUCCUCAGCUUGCACCCUGGCUGUUCAAAGUCACAACGGCACUGAAAAAAGGGACUUAUGGUUGCUUUUCACACUUAUAACCGCUGCAGCAUCCCUGUG